GUACUCACAGCCUAGAACGCUUUGGGGAUAGUAAGUAAGGGUCUGCAUACACAGCACAGGAAGGAAGCGGAUUUAUAUAGUGUGGCCCAUGGGUUUCAGAGAACGGAACACGACGAUUAUUUUAAUUUUUUUUAGAGCAGUGCUCGUUUGCCUGCGAUUACCACAAGGUUUGUUAUUAUGCUAGUACGAGCUUGCUCUCCUCGCUGCGUUUUUGAUCUUUAUUUUUCCAAACUGGACCCGCCCCACACACCCCUAUUACAAAAGACUAAUGCACCUGCUUCGCUCUGAAGAACUGAAGUUUGUGCGUGUUGUGAAAUGUUCUGAGAAAAGAAAAAAAAAAAGUGACGCGGCGAAACAACGCGAAGCCUAAAUGAAACCUGAGUCUCUUUUCUAAUAGGUGAAGCAACGCUUACGCUUUUAAUUUCGACCAUGGGACCUUAACUUAUAUAUGUAUAUAUAUUUUAAAGACAAUUUGCAAGCAAACAGGUAUACGUGUGCAACUGUAAACGACGCUGAUUCGGUCAGCCGGCGCUCACCUUGACUGAGGUAAAUAUUUUUGUUCAGAAAGGACUCCGACCUUAGCAAAACCAGGAACUAUACUACGACUUGAAGUCCACAUAACUGCAAGAGGGUUAGAGUCACAGACGUUUCCCAGCUCAACAGUGCCAUCCGGAGGGACUCUUGAGCAUGCUGCUCUGAGUGAUGGACGUACAGAACAUGGAAACAAUGCCGACCCAAUCAGUGCUCAGCCCUUUGCACACAUCGACCAAUCAGAAUCAAGGAGUGAAGGCGGUGGGCGUGUCUGGGCAUCAGGAUCUGAAGAAGAACGCAGUGGAGGGGACCUUCCGUUCCAGUCCCAGUUCCAGCUCCAGUUCUUCCAGCAGUUUCUCUUCAAAUUCCAGUUCCGGAGAUGAGACGGACAACGAGGAAACAAGCAGUACAGAGAGUGCACAGAACCAGACAGCGAGAGCACCAGAGGACCUGCGCAAUGCAAGCAGGCAGGAUACAGGACAUCUACAGGUCCUGACCCUGGUCACCAAGCUGGAACAGCGAUUCGCAGACCUAGGCCAGCAGCAGGAAGAGCUUCAGGUGGAGAUGGAGAUGGAAGUGGCCUUGCUAGAAGGAGAGAUGCAGAUGGAGAAAGCGGAGCUGGACAAGGAGACAGAGCUGCUGGACAUGCUGCAGAAGAGACUCCAAGACAUGGAGCAGAAAUACCAGUCGGAGAGAGAGAAGGAGAAGGCUAAACUGGGGGAGGAGAGGGAGAAGCUGGAAGAGCUGCAGAUACGUUGCUCAGAGUCUCGUAAACGCCUGGAAACGCAGCCAGAGUCCCAGAGAGAGCAGCUGCGUCGCAGACUGCACGAGGACUCUGACGCUAUGGAAACAGCGCUCAAGUCCUUUGAGGACCUGGAGUUCCAGCAGCUGGAGAGGGAGAGCGCUCAUGAGGAGGCGAGGGAGGCGAUGCAGAGGCAGGCCUUGAUGGAUAUCUCAGGGCAGCAGCACCGCGUCAACCAAAGGAAGGAACAAGUAUUAAGGCUGCAAGAGCAAGUGAAUGAGAUCAGACAGCAGACUGAGAAGGAGUCGCAAAAACUGAGUCAGGGCAAGAAAGAAACAUUUCAAAUACUCAACAUGCAUUUACUGAAGGAUAAGAAACGCUUGUCUGAUUUCAAUAACCUGACGGGCUCUUCUCCCUGUAUGUUAUCUAUCCCAGGCUUGUCUGUCCACAAUCCCACGAAGAAUCCCUCUCGGGGUACGAACGGCUCGUCAGGUUUGCCAAAGAGGCGGUGCCAGCAGAACAAGCCCUCUGAUAGGCCAGCCUCGGUCCACGAUAAGGAUCAGCAGGUAAAGAGUGUGGAUGUUGUCAACGGGUCUCCUAGCAGCGCAGCAGUCGGCACUCCCAGUUCCCCCUGCUCCAAACACACUUCCUCCCCCAAACCAAACCAGGGCAACAGGGGUCCCACCUGCAACGGGACCAGCCGGGCACCCGCACAGGUGUUCAGUAAUGGGAAUGGGCUCCCCAACAUAGCGGACAUGGAGAGGAAACUACGGGAGGCCAAAGCUGAGAAAGAGCGUCUGCUGAGGGCCAGGGAAGCCAAAAGACAAGCCCAAGAGGAAGCCAAGAAAAAAGAGCUGGAGUGCGUUGAACCAACAUCCACUUCUACACCAAAGCGCCAUCUAGAGACUGGCCCGGCGCCCCUCCUCUCCCUCAUCAGCAGUGCGACCUUUGACCUCAGGGCCCACCUGGAGGCGUCCGGUCACAGCGUCGAGACGUGCAGCGCGGUAACCGUCGGCAACAGGAAGUGCAAGGGCUUCCUCACCAAGAUGGGGGGCAAGAUCAAAACCUGGAAAAAGAGAUGCUUCGUGUUUGACGGGGAAAAAAAACGACUGGCCUAUUUCUCAAAUAAAGAAGAAACGAAGCUAAAGGGAGUCAUCUAUUUCCAAGCCAUUGAGGAGGUUUAUUAUGAUCACCUCCGCAGUGCGUCUAAGAGUCCGCACCCCAAGCUCACGUUCUGUGUGAAGACCUACGAUCGCCUCUUCUUCAUGGUCGCUCCGACACCCGAGGCCAUGAGGAUCUGGAUAGAUGUAAUCGUCACGGCAACAGAUGAACAUUGUCGCUACUGAACCUGGGGGCUCAGCAGACACCAUGGACCACUGUACAGAGCUGGGCCAUCACCUGGAGGCACAUCGUCUUGGAUAUCUUGAAUGGAUCUCUCUGGACAUGGAGCGCACAAGAUCUGCAGUGGUGACAGGUCUUCUCCUAUCUGGGUUUGGGGUUGGCGUUUCUGGAGAUUGGACAGUUUUAACUCCUGCAACGUUUCCAUCUGCACCUUGCAAGCAGUCUGUAAAUCUAUUUCAAUUAUCCAGCCGACCUGCAGUCUAUGGUCCAGGACUUUUAGACAACAUCAAAGACGCAUCGCUCUUUUGUGUUAGCAGGACUUCUAAAUUCGUCACCUACCUCCUGAUAUUUUCUCGAUGCUGUAAUUGCCAGCCUUUUUAACUACAUGUUUCUUCACCAGUUUGGUGUUUCUCAAAUCCUUUUGCAUUGACGCUCAUUGGAUCAUUCAGAAAGAGAGUUUUGAGAGACUGGUUUCUGCCUGUGAAUCAACAUAAUGUUACCUGCGAUUGAGGGAAUUCAAAUAGACUUCUGUCUGAUGGAAACUGAACUUAAUUUGUAUUGCUUUCAACUCGGUGGUUGAUGAAAUCGAGACAAAGCUUUUGUUAGCUUUUUUAAAAAAAUAAUGACGCACAUUUUGCUGUGCUCUUUUAAUUGAUUUUUUUUUUUUUUUUUUAAAGAUUUUUACUGUCACCCCCUCAAGUGACAAAAGGGUACAAAAGCCUGUUGAAAAUAAUGUUACAUUUGUGUUCUUGCACAACAGGACAUUUCAUAGGACAAAAGUGCAAUAUUCUCUGAAUGUAUGGAUUUGUAAUAUUUAAUGCAUUGUUACACUGUUACUAAAUGCUCAAUUUGAAUUAAGGUAAAACUAUUAAGAAACUAAAUCAAGUAGACUAAGGUUUCAGCUUGUGCCUUGUUCCAUAUACUGUGGCCAAAAAAAAUAUAUGUUUUCUAUUUCAAAGCCAGUUUUUUGCCAUAGUAAGAAAUAUUUUCUCAGAUAAUAAAAUGAGAACCAAUUUCUUGCCAGGCUCAAAGAUUUCUCUUGACAUCACCUUAGUGUAGAUUUACUGAAUUUUAAGCUUUGGAUGUAAUUAAAAAAAAAUUAUAUCGAAUCUCUCAUGUAUUAUUGGUUAAUAAGGACAGUUGCUUGAUCAGUGACUUUACUGCUGUUAAAAAAAAAAAAAUGCUGACAGUUUCAUUUUCACAUCAUCUUCAAUUCCUGUGUUUUAAGUUGGUGCUAAAGUGUUGCUGGUUUGGCUGAAGUAUUCGUAGACAUUUCCUGUUUCUGCGAAGUGGAUUGUAUGGGGUGAGAUUAAACCUUUCUGAAUGUUCUGGUCUCACGUUAUCCUGCAAUAAAACUUUCAGCACAGCAGUUAAAACUCUGCCCCCUAUUGUUCAACCUCUGGGAUAUUCUGCCCUCCCCUCU